AUGCCUGUACAAAUCUCAAAGCUUUGGUCAACAUCAGAAUCAUUCCUCGAAAUGUCCAAAGCCAUUACUCCAAUUCUUUACUAUACGGCUUUUACUUUAGGAGUCCAGUAUAUGGUCCCUGUUCUUCUCCAAGCCACAAAAAGAAUCUUUGCUUCUUCAGCCCUAUCCAUCCUUACCUUGGUUCUUCCUGUUCCUAUCUUCAGUACAAUUUUGUACUUCACAGGAGACGGAAAGGCCAAUCCACGCAGAAUCUUCUUCACUUAUACAUGCAAUGAUAUGUACUCCUUCGUUGUGUGUAUUCUCUUCUUCAUCAAGCCUUUCAAGAAGAUUGUCGUCGCAAUCAAGACAGGAGUUGUCGAAGGAUCCGAAGAAGAGGAAAAGCCAGAGGAAGAGGAAGAGGAAGAGUCUGUCGAAAAUAUGGAUCAACAAGAACGUCCUGCCGACGAAAUUUAA